CUCGGGCGCGCUUGGCCGGGCGGAGGCGUCGCGCCGUCGGGGCUGCCGCAGGGGGAAUCGGGUCGUGUCAAACUCGGCACGCCAAAGGGUGCUGCUUGGAAUAUUGAUGGAAUUGCAAAGGGGACCCGUUUCGUGUCUCUCUCAGGACAAUCCCAAGAGCCGCCUCGCUGGAGACGGAAUUGCGGCGCGGCGCGCCCGGUGCGAGGCAGCAGGCGCGCCUGGACUCGGUGCCUUCUGAGAGCAGGCCCCCUGCCAAGCUGAGUGGUCUCCCCACCUGCCUGCAGAAACAUGUCUGGGCUGAAACGGCGCUGGAGAGAUUUGCCCGGCAGAGGGCCGAGCCCACCGCCCCACAAAGCUCUCCGGCUUUCUCCAGAGCCAGGGCCCAGCAGGGGGCAGGAUUCGUGCAGCAUCCUUGAGGACCUGGACAGGCUGGGCAACCACAACCCAGAGCAGCUCUUGGCAUUCUUGAAGGCCCACACUGCCCUCCUGGAGCGAGCACUCGGCAGCCCCGGUCUCAGUCCCCACCAGGUGCGUGCUGUGCUGCAUGCGCUCAGGUGCGUGACGAAGGCGCCCCUGGAGCCUCAGGAGGUCCAACCCGUGUUGCUGAUGGUGCUGCAGCCUCCCUUUAUGCUGCAGAGCCUGCUGGGGUAUAUUGCUCACCUGGAAACCUUCUGUUGCGAGGAUGGGCGGAUUUCACAGGAGGUGGUGGGGGAUGUAGUGGUCACCCUCCAUCACCUGCUCACGGCCUUUCCGGGCCAAGCACGCACUCUGCUCUGCUACCCCAUGGACCUCCUUUAUGCCACAAUCCAGAGGCUCCAGAGCCGUGGCUUCCAGUUCACAUGGAUCACCCAGAAAUGGCUAUGGGACACCAAAUUCCUCUUGGAUAAGGCCUUCCCAAAUCAGGGGGAGCUCCGCAGCGGGAGUCUGGCAUCCCCAGCAAGCCGGGAAGAUUUCCACCUCAUUCCCGUCUUUCCGACUCCUGAGGACAUAUUUCUGGAGCCCACGUGGAAGCUGAAGCCCAACAUAAUAGUGGGCAAGUAUCGGAGCGAUGCAGCGUACCUGGACACACACUUCCGCCUGUUGCGCGAAGAUCUGGUCAAGCCCCUCCGGGAUGGGAUCUCUGCCCAGUUCACCCUCCAGAACCUUUUUUCAGGCUCUGAGAAAGUGAGAGGGGAGCUGCUGCUCUAUCAGAACGUCUGGCUGGUCCAGGUGGGUGCCUCGCCCUCUGGUGUCAUGUACCUGGCCAAGUAUGUGUCCAAGCAAAAGGCCGCCCCCGUCUCCUCCAAACGGCUCCUGAGUGGCUCCCUUGUGUGCCUCAUCUCCAACGACAGCCACCACGUGCUCUUUGGGACAGUGGCCGGGUGCAACAGGAAAGAGCUCCCCCACGGGGCUGUGUGGCUGGAUCUCAAGCACAGCCACCGCUCCCUCCAAGGGCACGUGGGCAGGACUUGCUUCACCAUGGUGGAGUCGCCAGCCUUCUUCGAAGCCUACCGGUAUGUGCUGGAGGGCCUCCAGGAGGUGGUUGCCAAUCAUGUGCCAUUCAGGAGGUACAUCGUGCAAUGCGACCUCGACAUCUCCCGGCCUGCGUACUUGGAGGGAGAAGCACUCCCCUUUGACCUCUCAGCUCUGCGUUCCCUGGGGAGUAAAUGCGGUCUUGCUGCCAGUUCCAGCCCUCAGGAAGAAGCUCCGCUGGUGGAUCUGACGGCCGUGAGCCCCUUUUGCUCUCCCCUUUGGACUCCGGAGACAUUUCCCGGCCUGGAUGAAUCACAGAUCUUGGCCAUCCGGAUGGCUCUGAGCAGAGAGUUCGUGCUGAUCCAGGGCCCGCCUGGCACCGGCAAAACAUUCAUCGGACUCAAGAUUUUGGAGGUGCUGCUGGCCAACCAGGCCCUGUGGAACAAGGACUGCACUCCCUGCCUGGUGGUUUGUUACACUAACCACGCGCUGGACCAGUUCCUAGAAGGAAUCCUCAAGUUCCAGCGGUCAGGAGUUGUCCGCAUCGGUGGCAGGAGCAAGAAUCAGGCAGUGGCUUCGUGCUCCUUGAGGAAUGUGCGCAAACAAUCUUCAGGCUUCCUGCUGUUUGGAGAGAAGCAGCAGUACGGCAGGAUGCUGGGCUCGCUGAGGCGCCGGAAGGGAAGCAUUGCCUGCUGCACGGAGCUGCUGGAGCUUCUGCCCCGGGGCAUCCUCACAGGGAAGGAGCUGGAGGCGGAGAUCACCGAGGACCAUCUGUGGGUUCCAGAGGGAGGGCUGCUGCAAUGGCUGAAGAUCUACCCCCCGAAAGAGGAAGUGCGGCCUCGGAGGCACAGGUCCUGCAGGAGACCAGCAGGCACAGAGCUCCUCCGAUACGAUAAGGACGAACGAUUCUUGGAUGAUGAUUACAGUGAUGAUGAUGAAAAGGUGGAGGAUCUACCAGGACUCAAGAGCAAGUUUGCCUACAUCCUCCCUGCCAAAGAAAGCCCUUCUCAGACUUGGAUGAAGUCCUGCUUGACGGAAGGAGACAUCAUGAGCUCGGAGGAGGUCUCAGAGAUCCAAGACCUCUGGGCGCUGCGGCUGAGGGACCGUUGGCGACUCUACAGGAGGUGGGUGGCAGCCUACAGGAACAAGCUGGUGGCAGUCCUGGUGGAGAAGCUGGAGGUGUACGAGAAGGACGCUGCUCAGCUGCAAGAACUGACCUUCCAGGAAGACCUGAAGAUCCUCCAGCAUAGCCGGGUCAUCGGGAUGACCACAACAGGAGCUGCCAAAUAUAGGAAGCUGCUGCAGAACAUCCGUCCCCGCAUCGUGGUGGUAGAAGAAGCAGCCGAAAUCCUCGAGGCCCACGUCCUGACGGCCCUCACCUCCUCCUGCCAGCACCUCAUUCUUAUUGGUGAUCACCAACAGCUACGACCCAAACCAGCCGAUUACACCUUGGAGAGGAAGCAUUUCCUGGGCAUCUCUCUUUUCGAGCGCAUGAUCAACAAUCACCUUCCGUAUGUGCAGUUGCUCUACCAGCAUCGCAUGCGGCCAGAGAUCUCGCAGCUGCUCGUUCCAUUGUUCUACCGGGAGCUCCAGGAUCAUGCCGUUGUCCUGGACUACGAAAAGAUCAAGGGAGUAGAAAGAAGCAUCUUCUUCGUUCAGCACCGAGAGGAAGAGAGCCGCAGUGUGGACUCCGAGAGCUACAGCAACCUCCACGAAGCCUCCUUCCUGGUCUCCCUGACCAGCUACCUCCUCAAGCAAGGCUACGCUGAAAGCCAGAUCACCAUCCUCACCCCAUACCACGGCCAGGUGAUGAAAAUCCGAACCCUCUUGAAGAAGCAAGAGAUGGAGGCUGUGGCUGCUCACACUGUGGAUGAUUUCCAGGGAGAAGAAAACAACAUUGUUCUCCUCUCACUAGUACGAAGCAACAGCCAAAGGAAGAUUGGCUUCCUCCAGGACAAGAACAGGCUGUGCGUGGCUCUCUCGCGUGCCAAGCUGGGCUUCUACUGCAUUGGGAAUCUAGGCUGCAUCUCUGCAAGCAGCAAGCUCUGGAAAGAGUUCACGCUUCUGCUCAAAUCCAAGAACCUUCUUGGGGAAGAACUUACUCUCAUGUGCCAAAACCACCCCGAGACAAAGACAGCCGUGAAGGCCACAGCAGACUUCAGCAAGCUUCCUGACGGAGGGUGUACACUCAAGUGCCAGACCCGGCUGGAAUGUGGCCACCCCUGCACACGCCGCUGUCACCCCUGUGACACAGAACAUCGCACCAACACCUGUGAAUUCCCUUGUAGCAAGAGCCUGUGCGCGUUCAGCCACAAGUGCCCCAGGAAGUGUGGUGAGAGCUGUGAACCUUGCUCUGUCAAAGUGGAGAAAGUCAUCCCAAAAUGUGGGCACAGCCAAAUGGUCCCAUGCCACGUGCCUGCCCACUCCUGGGUUUGUGAGGAGCUGUGCCAGCAGCUCCUGGAAUGCAACCAUCCAUGCAAGCUGCGCUGCGGCCAGGACUGCAGAGCCCGACAUUGCAGGGAAACAGUGCAGGUUACUCUGCCAUGCUCACAUUCUACCCAAACAGAUUGUUUCAGGCAAAAAAUGCCCUUGCUAUGCUACGAGAAAUGCAAGCAGAGGCUGGAAUGUGGUCACAGAUGCCAGGGAAGCUGUUACAAAUGCCUCCAGGGCCGGAUGCAUGCUGCCUGUCGGCGGAAGUGCACCAGGGUCCUCCUCUGCUCUCAUGUGUGCCAGGGCUCCUGUUGUGAGAACUGCCCCCCAUGCGGGAGGAAGUGCCUCAAGAAGUGCCGCCACAGCCACUGCGGAAAGUCCUGCGGCGAGGUCUGCUUCUCCUGCAAGCAGCCCUGUGCCUGGAAAUGCAGGCACCACAAGUGUACACAGAUGUGCUCCGAGAUCUGCAAUCGUCCCCCCUGCAAUGAGCCCUGCCGGAAGACCCUCAAGUGCACACACCCCUGUGUGGGCCUUUGUGGGGAGCCGUGCCCCCCAAAGUGCCGGGUGUGCCACCGGGAUGAGCUGACAGAGAUCUUCUUUGGGAAUGAAGAUGAACCAGAUUCUCGCUUUGUCGUCUUAGAAGACUGUGGCCACAUUUUUGAGGUGGGGGGCCUGGAUCGGUGGGUGGACAGUGCACCAGACGAAGGAGCAGCGCAGCAUGUGCAGCAGAAGGUGUGCCCCAAGUGCGCCACCCCCAUCCAAGGCAGCCCUCGGUACAACAAUAUCAUCAAGGCGAGGCAGCAACACAUUGAGGAGAUUAAGCGGAAGGUUCAGGGCAGUGAAAGGGAGCUCCAGGCUGGGAAGACGGCGCUGCUCGACACACUGGCCUCUGUGCAGCUGGCAAGCCACUAUUUCACGCAGGAAGCUUUGAGAAGGAAGGUGGAGAGGAGCUCCUCCCUUCAGAGCCUCAGGAGCUGGGAGAACACUAUGAACUUCCUCCAGAGCACCCAGAGACUGAAAAAGCAAGCAGAGGAGUGUGGGCAGGAGAGGAGGAGACGCCUGAUCGGCUGGGCGGAGGCGGUGGAGGCCUGGCUGGGCAGGAGGGAGGGCGACACGUUCUCGGCCCAGCAGCUCAAGGAAUGCAGGAAUGAGAUCGGGAGGAUCUCUUACCUGGCCAACAUCUUCGUGCGCUUGAGCAGCUACGAGACUCAGCUGCCCGACCUGCCUGCACUGUCUUCGGCUGCCGUGGAUGAGGCCCUACAAUUACUCAGCCCACAGAAGCCAUUUACUGACGCCGACGAGGAACUCCUUCAGGCGACUCUGGAGAAGAUCGACGCGCUGCUGCCAGCCUCAGGAAUGCGGCUUUCCGAGGCAGAGAGAGUGUCCGUAGUGGAGGCCAUGGACUUUGGAAAGGGCCACUGGUACAAGUGCCCCAAGGGCCACUUGUACACCAUUGGAGAAUGCGGACGAGCAAUGGAAGAAAGCCGGUGUCCCGAAUGUGGAGCUGCUAUUGGCGGCGGACAGCACAGGCUGAAUCCAAGUAACGCGGCCGCUGAUGAAAUACUGAACCCUGUUGAAGGAGCAACAGAGCAUGACAGUCGCCUUAGCAACAUUGUGGAGCUGACUGGUCUAUCGGAUCGCCUGGCCUUACCAAGACUUGCUCCUGCCACUCCCUCGCCCCAGCUGGGCUCUCCGUCAUCCACCAUCAGCAGCCCCAAAGAGGCUGGAACCAACCCUUUGGAGCAGGCUCUGUCCCCCAGCAGCCCUCUGGCCAGCCCAGGCUCUCCAAGCGAUUCCUCCAGCAGCCUCAGCUGUAUCCAACACGCUCCAACCAUCACCGACACCAACUGUCCGUCUGUAUUGUGGCUCCCCACCCACCAGCCACACUCACCACCUCCCCCUGUCAAAACCUGCCCUGGCCCAGCCUCAUCAGGGGAAGAGAACGCAGAGGAAUACUCUCCAACAGGCUCUGCUGCCCCCGAGGCUCCAAGCACUCCAGACGGAGACUCCACAUCCACCGUACAGCUGCAGACUCCGGUUAGGGCCUUGGUGGAGAAUCAAGAACCCCCUGAGAUGAUCCAUCAGGCCCCAGAAACGGAUUCCCCCCCCCCUAGUUGAGACCCAGGGCACGAAGAAAGCAGAGUGCUGCCCAAGUGAAAGCUUGCCCCAGGCGAAGUGCACGCCUGGCAGCUCAAGCGAAUCCCUUAAGCUAGUCCUAUUCAGGAGGGGCAAGUCUUGGCAGCAGCAGAAGCCCUCCUUUGGCAGUUGAAGAGAGCAGCCCUCCAUUUCCUAACAAGGCCCUGGCCUCCACCCCAUGUCGAGCCAGCUGGUGCACCACUCUAGACAGGACGACCGCCUUGUGUGGCUUCCAGAUAUCCCAGACUACAGCAGCCGCCUUUGCACCACAGACAGCAAUGGCACCCCUCCUCCUCCUCCUCUAACAGCUGGCUGGACUUCUCCCUGGCUUCCCACCUAGCAGGCGUCCUCCCACCUGCCAACCAGUCCACUCAUGGUGGAGGGGCACCACCUGGAGGCCUCCGCGCCAGCUCAGCUGCCCAGGGGAGUGUCAGGACCCGGCACCCUAACCCUGCAAACACUUCCUCCGUAUGCUCCCAGCAGUGGCCUUGGUUGCUUUGGACUCUUCCCACUCAUUCUCCGUGUCUACAGUUGCGCUUGGCCUCCGUCCAUAAUCCAGGCCAAAAGCCCCCUCUGGCUCCCUCUCCCUCUCCCUCCCUGCAGGUCUUUUGGCGGAACGAGGAAUGCCACGCCCCAAGCAGAAUCUGGAGGAACAAACGCUUGCCUUUUAGCUUCCACUAAACUCACCUGCUACCGCUGCAUCAUCCAACACAGCAGUUCAGCAUAACAUUAUGCCUACCUAUUACCCAAAGUAGAGGUCUCCUUGUGAGUUGGGGGGAACAGCAGCAAGAAGGCAGCAAGGGGGGAGCGAAUUGAGGGAUCUCCACCAACGUAUACGAGGAUUGUCCCAGCUAGCGAACUCUUUGAACAAAGAUUUCAACCAAAAGGGAAUUAUUAAAAAUAUCAAAGUUCUAACAGCACAUAAAAAACACGCCACACACACUCAGAGCUAACUAGAAGCAGUGGUGACAGUUGAAGGACUGGGUGAGAUGUACCAUCCAGACAUCCGGGAGAGAGGAGGUUGAGCAACCUGCGUGUCCAGGUGGAAAGGCUUGAACAGAGGUUUGCGAGUGGAUGCUGGAUCCAAAGCAUGCACACAGCGCAUGGCAGAGGGGCACUCGAGUUAGAUCAUGGAACAUGUGCAGGGGCAAGAUUGCGCCUUCUGCUCCAAAAGCAAAGAUUUCAAUGGUUGUUCCCGGGGUGGGACAAAAGAUUGAGUUGUCUCUGGAGCGAGAUCAAGAGCUGGUGAACUGUCUCCGAGGUAGGAGGUCUGACUGAGUUUUCCUCGGGCGGAACUACUUAUCAAUACUGAUUGACAAUCCACUGAGUGGAUGCGGGAGGCUAUCAGAGCCCUGAAUCACCUAAGAACAGGAAAGUGGCCGAGGGAAGACCGGUAGGGUGUGUCAAGUCAGGAACUCCGGGAAGGCCCUCUUGUGUCCAGGGCGUGGGAGGGGGUGAGCUCGCCUCACUUUGUCAUUCCUUACAUUUGCACGUUCCACCUCCCAGCCGGAAUCUGGCUUCCAUGUUUCUGCCUGCUUGGACAAGAGUUUGAAUAUUCAGAGAGGGGCAUAUUCAUACUCGUAAGCCUUCCAAUAUUAUGGGGACAAGUCUGACUGGUAACACACACACAUACACACCCACACCCACCCCCACCCCGCCAGAUCACAGCCGAUCCAUGUUCUGUCUCAUGGGAAGAGACAAGAAGUUGGCAGGAGACAGCAGGGCUGUUCCGUGGACUUCCAACAGCUGGCCUAGGUCUGCCCCAUGGGGACUGAACCCAAUCGAGGAGGCAGUAGUGCCUUUGGCUAAAUGGGUCUGUGGGAAACAGCAUGUGCAGUAAUUAACACUGCAGUGGACGUAUCUCGUGGUGUUGGCAGAAAGCGCACUUCUUAUUUGAGUAUCUGUUCCGUUGCCUGUGAGAGUUUAAGGAGAGCAGCGUGACCCUCCGCAGGCGCCUCCUCGGCCUUCCCUCCAAUGCUCUUUAAUCUCUUUGGCCAAGAUCACCUGCUAUGGAGGGGGUUGUCGCCAAUAUGCUGACACCUGCUACGUA